AGUCCGCCGAUAUAUCCACUAAAAAAAGAAAGAGCUCGCGCAUGAGUAUUGUGUGUAUUUUAGUGUUGAGAUGUUGAUGAUGACAGAUGAGAUGUGCUGUAAAUUAGUAGGAACUGAUCUGUCCAUGCUGGAUAUUGAUGAUUUCAUCACAGAAAUCUCUCAGCUGAAGAAAGAGGUGGCGUUACUGGAGACAAAGCUGAGGUCAAGAGGAGAUGAAGGAGUGAAGAGAGAGGAUGUGGAUGUGGUUUGUUGUGAAUCUUCAGUGUAUGUGACUGAUGGAUGUCUGGAUUCAGUGUGGAUGAGCAGAGAUCAGAGGCGCACACCACAGCCACUGCUGGACUCUAAACUCUCUGAAGAGAAAUCCAGACACACACAGGACUCAGAGCUCAGUCUCACUUUACUCUCUUAUACUGAGUCAAAGCCCACAGACGCUCAGGACACUGUGUGUGACAGUAAUCAGGGCUUACAGGAUGAGGAAUCUACUGAUCAAACCUCCACAGAGUCUCUGGAUUCUGUCUGUAACGCUGGAGAACAGCAGCAGAUCCUGCAGACCACACUGAAGAUGUGUUCAGUCAAACUGAUCGACUGCAGGAACCUGAUGAUGAAGAUAAAAACAGAACCCAUGGAAGAUAACAUUGAUAAAGACAAUCAUGUGGAUGAUUUAAAUCCAUCAGAUGUGAAGAGUGAAUCAUGUUCUGAAGGAGAAACGUCCUCAAGAUCAGAAGAGCGACUGACAGCACAAACUCUUUCCUGCAUCACCUGUGGAAAGACAUUCAGCUCACAGAGACAUUUAGAGAGACAUGAGAGAAAACACACAGAACAGAAACUCAGCUUUACUACCUUACAAGAGAAGAAACUUCAUCAUUCAAAAGUGCAUGGAGAGAAGAAGAAGAAAAAGAAGUGUGGGAAGAAUCUUUUUUCAACAACGUCUAAUAUAAACACUCACAUGAGGACACACAGUGGUGAAAAGCAUUUUUAUUGUACUGAAUGUGGCAAAUCCUUUAGCACCAAAAGAAGUCUUGAUGGUCAUCAGAGAAUUCACACAGGAGAAAAAUCAUACGAGUGUCCUCACUGUGAGAUGAGAUUCAGACUUAAAAGCAAUCUGAAGACACACGUGUUUAAACACACCAAUGAGAGACCGUAUCAGUGCAGUAAAUGUGACAAAGCCUUUAGGGAUUCAGCUUCAUUAAAAUCACACCAGAAUAUUCAAUGUUCACACUGUGAUAAACGUUUCUGUCGUAAAUCUCGUCUUAAACGCCAUGAGAGAAUUCACACUGGAGAGAAACCUCAUCACUGUAGUGUCUGUGGGAAGAGUUUUGGGCGCCGUGAUCAUUUAGUGAAUCACAAGAAAAUUCAUUCAGAUAUAAAACCUUACAAAUGCUCUCAGUGUGAGAAGACAUUUAAUCAGUCAAGUCACUUAAAAAUCCAUGAGAGAGUUCACACUGGAGAGAAACCUUACGUCUGCUCUCACUGUGGAAAGAGAUUCUCUGAUCCAUCCCAUUUCAGAGUCCAUAAGAAAAUUCACACUGGAGACUAACCGUACGUCUGCUCUCAAUGUGGUAAAGCUUCACUAAAGUUCCUCAGCGUGUUCAUAUGGGAAAAAAACUCAUCACUGUAGUGUCUGUGGGAGGGGUUUUGGGGGCGUCAACAUUUAGUGUAACAUCAGAGAACUCAUGGAGGUAUAAAAACUUACAAAUGCUCUCAAUGUGACAAGAUGUUUAAUCAGUCAAGUAAGUUGAAAAAUCCUAAGAGAGUUCACAAUAGAGAGAAAACUCAUCAAUGCUUAAACUGUGAAGAGAGAUUCACUCAUUCUGGAAUCAUCAGAAGAAAUAUACUGAAGAAGAAACUACACCCAUAGUGCCUUUUUAUUAUUCUUUUAUAUUAUAUAUUCAUUUUAUCUAGUUCAUCUAAUCUACAUUAUUCAGGUUCAAGCCCCUUAUUUAAACCAUUAGUUAGUUUUCUUCUUUCGCCAUUAUGUAUAUGGCAGCCCAUAAAACUCUACGCACGCAGGAAAGUUAUGAAAUUUGGAACACAUAUAGAGGUCAGUCCAAAAAAGUUACUAUAGAAAAUUUAGAGUCUCUAUCUUAAACUCCCUAGUGCCACCAACAGUCCAAAAAUUCACUUACGUUUUUGUUUAUAACUUCUGAUGCGAAAGCCAUAGAAUGAAAUUCAUUUGUGAUUCAUGACGUCGUUUUUGCCAUGAUUUUUUUGUCAUUUUGAAUUAUUCAUAAAAACCUACUUUUUCAAACUCCUUGAGCUUUUGUCCGAUUUGCGUGAAAAUCAGUUUGUAGCAUAUAGAUCAGGGGUCUCCAACCUUUUUGUGAGCAAGGGCUACCACAAUGGAUGAAACACUCUGGAGGGCUACUUUUUGAUAUAGUCUACUCAAAACUUUUUUUUACUUGUUGAUAUGUUUUAGUAUUGUUUAAAAUGUUAACAUACAUAAACGGGCACCACGUUGGAGACCCCUGAUCUAGAGACAUUCAGUGCAUUAAAGGGAUAGUUAACCCAAAAUUGA